AUGGAUCUGGCCACGAAACACUCCGCGACCAUCGUGUCCGCCUUCAUCUUGCUGGCCGGACUGGCCUUCGGGCUCUCCCUGGACGCCAACGCGCACAUCCCGCGACCGUGGAACCGCGUGUCCAGCAUCAUCGGCUGGAUCUACUUCUUCUGCUGGAGCGUGAGCUUCUACCCCCAGGCGAUCCUCAACCGCCAGCGCCGCAGCGUUGAGGGACUGUCGCUGGACUAUGCGGUACUCAACAUGCUGGGCUUCGCAAGGUACACGGUGUUCAACGUGGCGUUCUACUACAGCGAGAGCGCGCAACAGCAGUAUAUGAGACGUCAUGGUGGCCACCGCAAUGCUGUAGAGCUCAACGACGUCUUCUUCUCGCUACACGCGGUCGUGAUGGUGAAUGUGUGGCUUGCCCAAUGUGUGAUCUACCCUCGGGGAGGACAGACGGUGAGCAAACCUACCAUUCUGUGGACGGGUGGGACCGUCGUCGUCGCUCUACUUUAUGGGUUGGUAGUGCUGAUCACAGGCGACAAGGAGGACUCGAUCACACUCAACUAUCAGCGGAAAUCCACGGUUGGGUGGACCAUUUGGAACGUGCAGCUCGACUUCGCUGGCGGGUUGCUGUCCAUUGCGCAGCAGGUGCUGGACGCCGCGGCGACUGACGACUGGGCGGCCAUGACUGGAGAUCCCGUUAAGUUCUUGCUCGGCCUUGUCAGCAUCAUCGCGGACGUGGUUUUCUUCAUGCAACACAAUGUGUUUUACGCCAAGAACAACUGCUUUGUGCUGCGUCGCAGAGAAGUUAAGCCGCUGUUGCCAAAGUAA